UAACUUGGGGCUGCUGUGUAAGUGCCCUGCCGAAACAAAUCUGCCCCAACACCGAGGUAACUUCGCUGUACUGCGGAGAUCAUCCGGCCUGCAGUUCAUUUAGCACGAUCCAGAGAAAAUGGCAGCGAUAGACCUCGCAAAAGUUGGGAAAAACCUGUUGAAGAAGGCUGACACCGGAGAGAAUGUGGAGCUCCGGUCUCUGUGGAGCGAUCAGCCGGCGGUGCUGUUCUUCCUGCGCAGGUUUGGCUGUCAGGUGUGUCGUUGGACGGCGUCGGAGAUCAGUAAACUGGAACCAGAUCUGAGAGCCAAUGGUGUAGCCCUGGUGGGCGUUGGACCAGAGGACGUAGGGCUAAAGGAGUUCAGGGAAGGAGGGUUUUUUAGAGGAGCUCUUUAUUUGGAUGAGAAAAAGAUAAACUACAAUGAUUUGGGCUUCAAAAGGUACUCUGCCAUAAGUGUGGUCCCUGCUGCAUUGGGAAAGAAAGUACGAGAUGUUGCUGCAAAGGCCAUUGCCCAAGGGAUCCGGGGGAAUUUCAAAGGCGAUCUGCUACAGAGUGGAGGAGUGCUCAUUGUGGCCAAAGGUGGAGAAAAGGUUCUGCUGCAUUUUGUCCAGGAUUCACCAGGAGAUUAUGUACCCUUAGAGGAUAUUACCAAGGUGCUCAGUAUCACAGCCAGUGCACAAGCAGGACACAAGCCAGAGUGUAAUGAUGAUAUUUGUACACUAUGAUGACCUCAAAAUCCAACAAGACCUGUAAUUUGGGAAGAUGAAAUAAUCAGAAAGCAGACCACCAUCGAAAUGGACAAAACCUGUUGAAUCCUUCAAGAUGCAAGUUACCAUAAAGCCAUGGAUACAGAUGGUCAUUAAACAAGUAUUCUUUGUGGGUUUUUAAGAGAUUGGUAAUUUCCUUUAUAUUGAAUUAUUUGAUAUAUUUGACAUAUUGAUUAAGUUUUUAUUGAUUGAAAAGGAACAUUUGCUUGAUAUUUCCUUAUAAACCACGGUAAAUAAAUGUAGAGAAUUGUAAUUUCCAAUUAACUAUAGUUUACUUACAUAUUGAUCAAUGUGUGCUGCUUUGUCUCAUGUUUUAAUUUGUCUAUUAUAUGUGCUUAUAUUUUGUAUGGCCACUUUAUAAGUUAAUUAUGUAUUAGGGGUGAGGGAAAAUUGAUGCAUCAUAGCAUUGCGAUAUUUUGCGUGGCAAUAUUGUAUCAUUACACAGAUGCCAGGUCAUCUUUUAUUAUAUAAAUGAUAUGACACGUUGUUAUGACAGCGUGGAUCAGUCUGUCUGCUUGACAAUCCCAUUUUGCUGCAAUAAAAAUGACUGAA